CCUUUAAUAAUUAUUGUUCUUAAUCAGUUGGGCUCCGGUUUCCGAGACGCACGCUUCAUUAUUCGGGUCCGGACUUGGAAUAAUACAGAAUUAUUCUUUUAUUAGUGAUUUAGAGAAGGAUAUUAGUGCGUGAUUUGAAUACAUCAAGCGGGCAAGGAAACUCAGUGACAUGGGCAUUCCUGGUAUCAUGCGGCACGCCUAUAUAGCGAUACUCCUUAUGAACUUAGUUCUGCGAGGAGGGAGCGUAACUGAUAUUUGUCAAACUGCCACUGCUGACAUUGUUUUCAUUGUUGAUUCGUCAGGAUCCGUUGGAAGUAGCGGUUAUGAUGACGAGAUUGAUUUCAUUAAAGCCAUCGUUAAUGAGUUAGUAAUUGACCCAAACGAAGUCCGAAUGGGCCUCAUUGAUUAUUCGACCAGUGUUCACACCAGCCUUGGAUUCAACUUGAAUGAUCCGAAUUUCGAUACAAAUGCCGAAGUUAUAGCUAAGCUUAAUUCUUUACCUUACUCAGGUGGCAGCACAAGAACUGAUCUUGCCAUACAAGCAGCUAAAAAUAUGUUUAGUGGACCAGGAAAUAGACCAGAUGUACCUGAUGUUUUGUUCACAUUAACAGACGGAGAGACAAACGAUGGUGGACAAGACCUUCUAGAUGAUCGGGUUGACGAACUGAAAGCAAUGUUUCCAGAUUUAACAUCAAUUGCAGUUGGAGUUAAAGAUUUUGAUAUAUACGAGCUGAAUUAUAUAGCAUCUGAUCGGUCUUUGAUCUUCACUGUUGAUAAUUUCGACGACCUUGAUACUAUACUUGAUUUAGUGUUACAAGAAAUUUGCACACCACCGCCACCUGAGGUAUGCGUUGGUGAAAACUGCACUACAACUGAUCAGUGUAAAGAUGAUAAUGCUGUGUGCGAUCAAGCAGAAGGGAUUUGUUUAUGCGCGCAUGGUUUCAUCCUUGACCAAAAAGGAAAUUGCGUCGAUUGCCAUUCAAUUGACUUUACAACAUUUCUCACAUCAUUCCCGUGUGAUGGUAUAUCGUUCUGUGGUGCAAAUCAAGUCUUAAUUGGAGAUACAUGUUAUGGAACUAAAGUCACAGAAACAUGCACGACUACAUUAAAUACUUGCACAGAUCGCCAUGCAUUCUGCAAUGGAACAGUGUGCGAUUGUGUUGAUGGCUAUCAUUGGAACGGAACUCAUUGCGUUGGGUCAGCAUUAUGUGACGAUUGCAGUUAUCAUCCUGACUCAUGUGGAGGCGACUUAGUUUGUGGCGCUGAAUCCGGCAGAUGUGAAUGUCCACCUACACUUCCUAUACAGUACGAUGGAGAGUGCUAUGGAACUAAAGUCACAGAAACAUGCACGACUACAUUAAAUACUUGCACAGAUUGCCAUGCAUUCUGCAAUGGAACAGUGUGCGAUUGUGUUGAUGGCUAUCAUUGGAACGGAACUCAUUGCGUUGGGUCAGCAUUAUGUGACGAAUGCAGUUAUCAUCCUGACUCAUGUGGAGGCGACUUAGUUUGUGGCGCUGAAUCCGGCAGAUGUGAAUGUCCACCUGCACUUCCUAUACAGUACGAUGGAGAGUGCUAUGGAACUAAAGUCACAGAAACAUGCACGACUACAUUAAAUACUUGCACAGAUUGCCAUGCAUUCUGCAAUGGAACAGUGUGCGAUUGUGUUGAUGGCUAUCAUUGGAACGGAACUCAUUGCGUUGGGUCAGCAUUAUGUGACGAUUGCAGUUAUCAUCCUGACUCAUGUGGAGGCGACUUAGUUUGUGGCGCUGAAUCCGGCAGAUGUGAAUGUCCACCUGCACUUCCUAUACAGUACGAUGGAGAGUGCUAUGGAACUAAAGUCACAGAAACAUGCACGACUACAUUAAAUACUUGCACAGAUCGCCAUGCAUUCUGCAAUGGAACAGUGUGCGAUUGUGUUGAUGGCUAUCAUUGGAACGGAACUCAUUGCGUUGGGUCAGCAUUAUGUGACGAAUGCAGUUAUCAUCCUGACUCAUGUGGAGGCGACUUAGUUUGUGGCGCUGAAUCCGGCAGAUGUGAAUGUCCACCUGCACUUCCUAUACAGUACGAUGGAGAGUGCUAUGGAACUAAAGUCACAGAAACAUGCACGACUACAUUAAAUACUUGCACAGAUUGCCAUGCAUUCUGCAAUGGAACAGUGUGCGAUUGUGUUGAUGGCUAUCAUUGGAACGGAACUCAUUGCGUUGGGUCAGCAUUAUGUGACGAUUGCAGUUAUCAUCCUGACUCAUGUGGAGGCGACUUAGUUUGUGGCGCUGAGUCCGGCAGAUGUGAAUGUCCACCUGCACUUCCUAUACAGUACGACGGAGAGUGCUAUGGAACUAAAGUCACAGAAACAUGCACGACUACAUUAAAUACUUGCACAGAUCGCCAUGCAUUCUGCAAUGGAACAGUGUGCGAUUGUGUUGAUGGCUAUCAUUGGAACGGAACUCAUUGCGUUGGGUCAGCAUUAUGUGACGAUUGCAGUUAUCAUCCUGACUCAUGUGGAGGCGACUUAGUUUGUGGCGCUGAGUCCGGCAGAUGUGAAUGUCCACCUGCACUUCCUAUACAGUACGACGGAGAGUGCUAUGGAACUAAAGUCACAGAAACAUGCACGACUACAUUAAAUACUUGCACAGAUCGCCAUGCAUUCUGCAAUGGAACAGUGUGCGAUUGUGUUGAUGGCUAUCAUUGGAACGGAACUCAUUGCGUUGGGUCAGCAUUAUGUGACGAUUGCGGUUAUCAGCCUGACUCAUGUGGAGGCGACUUAGUUUGUGGCGCUGAAUCCGGCAGAUGUGAAUGUCCACCUGCAAUUCCUAUACAGUACGAUGGAGAGUGCUAUGGAACAAGAGUAACUGAAAGGUGUCCAGGUGGACUGAAUACAUGUACAGAUUGCAACGCAUACUGUAACGGAACAGUUUGUAUUUGUUUUGAUGGCUUUUACUGGAAUGGCAGUAGAUGUGUCGGUAGCCAAAUAGAUGAACCUUGUGAGGCUAGCCCGGACUCUUGUGCAACAAACGGUCUUGUGUGUGGUCCAACAUAUCGCUGUGAAUGCCCUUAUUUUGACGUGCAGUUUGAAAACGAGUGUUAUGCUUUAACAUGCGGUGAAUGUCAGGCAGAUUCCGACUGCCUUGACCCUAACCAGAUUUGUGUUGUUGAUGGUGAAGCAACCAUAUGCGUAUGUAAGAAUGAUUACUACUUAGACUAUUGCGGAAUAUGUAGCCCAAGAUUAUCGAACGGAAGUGACUGCUCUUGUGACGAUCAGUGUCUGUCUGGUUAUUGUAUAUGUGGAAUUUGUGAACAUACUGAUGAAGGCGAUUGUUGUAACGACUGUACAGAUUUCAGAUCAGAUAUUGUUUUCGUCACUGAUGCAUCUGGAUCAGUAAAAACAGCGAAUUACCAGAAAAUCAAAGCUUUUGUUAUAGCACUUGGCAAUGCGUUCCAGAUAUCUGACAUUGAUACAAGAAUUGGUUUAGUUGACUAUUCGUACGCCAUAAAUUAUGUGUACCCCUUGGACGCAUUUAAUGACAACUUUGACUUCACUUUAUCAAUAUGCAGCCAACCUUACUCAUCUGGAACAACAAGAACUGACUUAGGGUUAGCUGAAGCUCGCUCAAUUCUCCUAGACAGCGCUAACAGACCAACUAUUCCGAACUUUGUUAUUGUUAUCACUGACGGCAUGACCACUGAGCCAUAUGCUACAAACAAUUUACCGACGGAAAUUGCUCUCCUCAAAGCUGUUCCUGACACCACGAUAUUUGCCAUAGGUAUUGGUGACUUUGAUACCUCUGAACUGUUUGAUAUCGCAUCAGCUCCUGAAUACGUGUAUACAACCGCCUCCUUUGAUACUUUAAAGACCUUGAUAGGUCAAAUACUGAUCGCCAUAUGCACUUCCGGAUCGUCUGAACCGCCUCCAGACAAAUAAUUUGGACCAAAAAAAAGAGAACAUAUUUUGACAAAAUUACUGCAACAUUCGAAGGUAACAGAAUAAUUUGACACAUAUCAAACAUAAUGUUUUGAUCUUAAAAGAGUGCAUAUAUAAUUCUACGUUAUUCUCACAUAUAUGAAACAUUCGUGAAAAAACAAAGACAGUAUUUUUAAAAAGAUAUUAUGAUAUAAAAAUGAAAGAAGCAGAAUCAACGAAAAACAUUCUUGUUUGAACUAAUAUGGCCUUUCUUUAAAAAAAUGAACAAAUAUGACAGUAUAUUCGGAAUCGAUAAGUGACAGUUUGAAAAUAUAUACAGUAUUUCAAUGUAAUAUAAUAUGUUAGGAUAAUUUAUAAACAUGUUCAAAGCGCUAAAAAUAAAUAAAAAACAUUGUUGAAGCUUAUCUGCACGUCUAUUUAAAUAGUUUGUAAGGUAUAUUGUGAUUUUUUUCUACUUGUUGUAAUUGUUCAAUGUGCCAUUGGAAUUUUAAUGUGAAAAAUUCAAUCAUUUCGAAUACAAUAAACGUUUUUGUUAUUGCGUUGAUAAUCAUAUCUGAAACUGUGCAGUGAGAUGUUACACAUAGAUUUUGUUUUGUUGUAUAUUCAUUGAUCGUUUAAAGAUUAUAUAAACGUUCAAAUUAUUCUCUUUUUUUCUCUUGUUUUGGCAUAGUUCAGUAUUGUUGUUUGUAAAGAAUUUGCAUUUUUCAUUCACCUACCUUGAUCGUAUUUUAUUACGUAUAACUUCUGUUAAUAGUGGGAUUUUGUAGAGGGAAAAAUUGAUAGAUGUAUCUUAUAUUUAAUAUUUUUUUCUUAUUUUGUCUCAUUUUCGUUCACUGUUUUGCUUAACAUGCUAAAAUGUCAGCGUGUAAUUUAACCUGUUGUAAAUUGGGUUGAAAUUGGGAAUUUUUAGAGGGGAAAAGUUAAUAGAUGUAUGUUUUACUUAUUUAUUUUUUCUGUUUUAUUUCUGGUUCAUCUAAUAAAGUAAAAAACAUUA